AAGCCACUCCAGAGAGGGCCAGGCCACCAGAAAACUUACUGGCCCGUGCUGCCUGUUGGUCAUGAGUGAGCUCCACUUUCUGACCGGAGACGGGGCCUUGGACCCCCAAGGAAAGGGCAGUCACCAGAGCUCCCUGGAGGAAGGUCUGAUGGGAGCUUCCAGGCCGCAGCACAGCUUAAGUGUCCUGCACGUCUCCUACAGCGUCAGCUGUCAUGUGGGGCCCUGGUGGGACGCUGCCUCUCGCCGGCAGCGGUGGGACAGGCAGAUCCUCAAAGACAUUUCCUUGUACGUGGAGAGUGGGCAGAUCAUGUGCAUCUUAGGGAGCUCAGGCUCAGGGAAAACCACGCUGCUGGAUGCCAUAUCGGGGAGGCUCCGGCGCACCGGCACCCUCCUGGGGGAGGUGUGCGUCAACGGCCGGGCGCUGCGCCAGGACCAGUUCCAGGACUGCUUCUCCUACGUCAUGCAGAGCGACACCUUCCUGAGCAGCCUCACGGUGCGCGAGACGCUGCGCUACACGGCGAUGCUGACCACGCGCCACGGCUCCGCAGACCUCCUCGGGAAGAAGGUGGAGGCUAUCAUGGCAGAGCUGAAUCUGAGCCACGUGGCAGACCAAGUGAUUGGCAACUAUAAGGUUGGGGGCAUUUCCAGUGGUGAGCGGCGCCGGGUCUCCAUCGCAGUCCAGCUCCUCCAGGACCCCAAGAUCAUGAUGUUUGAUGAACCAACCACAGGCCUGGACUCCAUGACUGCGAAUCAGAUCGUCUACCUCCUGGCAGAGUUGGCUCGCAGGGACCGCAUCGUGAUCCUCACCGUCCACCAGCCCCGCUCGGAACUCUUCCAGCACUUUGACAAAAUCGCUAUCCUGACUUGUGGAGAGUUGGUUUUCUGUGGAACCCCGGUGGAGAUGCUCGAUUUCUUCAGCAGCUGUGGUUACCCUUGUCCUGAACAUUCCAACCCUUUUGACUUCUAUAUGGACCUGACAUCAGUGGAUCCUCAAAGCAAAGAACGAGAAAUAGAAACGUAUAAGCGAGUCCAGAUGCUUGAAUCUUCCUACAAAGAGUCAGCAAUCUGUCGUAGAAUUUUGGAGAACAUUGAAAGAACAAAACGCCUGAAAGCCUUACCCACGGUUCCUUUCAAAACCAAAGACAUUCCCGGAACUCUCUGCAAACUGGGUGUCCUUUUGAGGAGAGUGACGAGAAACUUACUGAGAAAUAAGCCGGCGCUGACUAUGCGUCUGCUCCAGAAUCUGAUCAUGGGCUUGUUCGUCACCUUCUUCCUCCUGCGGGUCCAGAACGACAUGCUCAAGGGCGCAGUCCAGGACCGCGUGGGUCUCCUGUACCAGUUUGUGGGCGCUACCCCGUACACAGGCAUGCUCAAUGCGGUGACUCUGUUUCCAGUGCUGCGCGCCGUCAGUGACCAGGAGAGCCUGGACGGCCUGUACGAGAAGUGGCAGAUGCUGCUGGCCUACGUGCUGCACAUCCUCCCCUUCAGCAUCGCUGCCACGGUGCUCUUCAGCAGUGUCAGCUACUGGACUCUAGGCUUAUAUCCUGAGGCUGCCCGAUUUGGAUAUUUCUCUGCUGCUCUCUUGGCCCCUCACUUAAUUGGUGAAUGUUUAACUCUUGUGCUGCUGGGGAUAGUCCAAAACCCAAAUAUUGUCAACAGUAUAGUGGCUCUGCUGAGCAUUGCUGGGUUGCUGGUUGGAUCUGGAUUUGUCAGAAACAUAGAAGAAAUGAACUUUGCUUUUAAAAUCUACAGUUAUUUUACAUUCCAAAAAUAUUGCUGUGAGAUUCUUGUAGUCAAUGAGUUCUAUGGACUGAAUUUCACUUGUGGCAGCUCAAAUAAUUCUGUGAUAAAUAAUCCAAUGUGCACCAUCACUCAAGGAAUUCACUUCAUUGAAAGAACCUGCCCAGGUGCCACAUCCAGAUUCACAGCAAACUUUCUGAUCUUAUAUGCAUACAUCCCAGUUCUGGUCAUCCUGGGAAUAAUUGUUUUUAAAAUAAGGGACCGUCUCAUUAGCAGAUAGUGCAGAGCACUGCCGGGAGAAGGAAUUGCAGACAAGGACGACUGUUUCAAAUGUCUGAAGCACGAACACCACGGAUUUCUUUCUUGGUGGGACAUUGUCUUUCCACCACUAAGACUUCAUCUGUGUUCUUCAGACCCACAAAGGCCUCGAGUGCAAUGGACAUGGGUCACAGCCCCUUGUUUUCCAAACUGUUGGAACGUGUGGUGUUUGAAAACGGACUGAGCUGGUCCAAGAAUGUAAAUAAUAAUAAUAAUCCAUAAGCCUAUGGGA